AUGAUUGAGGAGCUGUUUCCCUGUGUCACCGAGGGCGACGUAGGGUCCUCGUUCGCCAACAGCGAUAUUGCCACGAACGGCCCGCUGCCGAAUUUUGAAGAAUUCCUGAAGCACAUAUGCUGCCGCACGCGCACACAGCUCACAUGUAUGAGCUUGGCGCUGCUGUACCUGACCCGCUUGCGCGCCAACCACCCACGCUCGCGGGGCUCCCCGGGCUCGUCCUAUCGCCUGGCACUUUCAUCGCUCUGUGUGGCAACAAAGUACCUCUACGAUGACGCGUACCACACAUGUUCGUGGGUCCAGGUGUCAAUGGGGCUGUUCACGCAGCGUGAGGUCAACCAGAUGGAGAUGGAAUUCAUGUACUUUUUGCAUUACCAGCUCGGCGUAACAUCAACUGAGUGGAACCAGUGGAUC